GUUGGAACAAAAGCUUAGGUCACGUGUCAUGUUAUUGAUUUCUACACUAGUUGAAUUCUCAUCUCCUGCUACUUUGUCUUUUACGCAUGGUUCUCUACCAUGAAUGCAGGCAACCGAAAUUUGACCGAAGACCAAAUAGAAGAACUAAGGGAAGCUUUUGGUUUGUUCGAUAAAGAUCAUGAUGGACACAUAACUUUGCAAGAGUUACGUUCGAUGAUGAAAUUGUUCAACAGACCAUGCACCGCAGAUGAAGCUCGUGAAAUUAUGUCUCAAGUUGAUAAAAACAACGAUGGAGUGAUUGACUUCCGGGAAUUUGUGGAACUCAUGAGUCCUGUAAUGACCCCUGAUCGCACGAGCGAUUCGGAUUUGAGGGCUGCAUUUGACUUUUUUGACAAGGAUCAUGAUGGAGACAUAACUACUCGAGAGCUAAAAGCCGUUCUGCAAACUCUACACCUUAAGUUGACGGACAGCGAAAUCGAGGAAAUGAUUACCGAAGCAGACACCGAUAAAAAUGGGACGGUUUCUUUCGAAGAAUUCAAGUCGGUGAUGAAUAAACGAAGGAGGUAAUAUUGUGCCCAGUGUGUUUGCUUAUUUUUACUUCCUAUUCUAUAUCCACUGACCAGCGCGUUUGACAGUGGCAAAUUUAACCAAUUUCAGCUUCUUUUUGUUCAUUUAGCUUUCGCUUCUACCUAUAAUUUCAUGGCAAAACAUCUGCUUUUCAACACACUGUAUGCCACUUCUGUGAUGGUUGCCGCUCUAUUGGUUACAGUACCAACAUUCUCUAACGAUUGAAAGCAUACAACUCAUCUUCGAGAUAUUAACGUAUUUAUAAUUGUGAGCUUGCGAGACUCACUGAUCACGAUAGCUUAUGGGCUUACACAAAGUAUUGCUGGCUUGCCGAACAAUCUCUUCGUGUUGCUAGCUGG